CGGAUUCUGAUCGUGCCAAUAAUAAUUCCCUAAUUGCUCACAUACAAAAUUUACCCGGUUUUGAUGCUUCCAAAGCUCGCAUUGUCCAACACUAUGCCACACCGUCAUCAUCGUCAGCGGCACGUGAGCCAUCACACAGUCCCAGUGAGAGUCCAGAAAAAUUACUUUCACCAGAUCCGCCGAUUGGUCCAACAGCGGCCGAAUUAAUAUUACCCUGGCGCAGGGAUCGUUCCUAUCAGAGCAUUGUAGCAGAGAAUGCCAUACCCGAAGAAGAUCGCAAUCUAUCACGCGAUUCAGAUGGCGAACGCCGUGUGGCCACACCCACCGCCACUGAAUCCCAGCUGCCAUGGAAACGUCAGGGUGACGAAAUUUCCGAUGCCGUACAACAAAAUGAAUUCCCCGCCUGGGCAUCCAAUAAAGAAUAUUUGGCCUAUAAUUCACCAAGUGCUACAUUCUUAGGUGGUAUAAACAAACCUAAACAGCCCAAGUCCGUCAUAGGUCUAUUCCGUCGUGAAAGUUCCGGUUCCCGUGGUGGCGCUGGUGGCAGUAUUAUGACCGUCGAUGGCACUGAUGGCUCAUCGGCUAGGGGUUCCGACCCGGCCUUGGCUGCCGCACUCAGCCAAAUGGUUGUGCCUUCUUCACAAAUACCCUACAAUCCACGUUUGGACAAACGUUCGCAGUCGAUAUCAUCCGGUUCGGGUUCGGCGGGCAUUGGUGAUUCGGGUCAUGCGGGUCCCUUCCCCGUUACGGCCAGUCAUCGUCGUAAUGUACGACGUGGUUCAAUGCUAGAAUUAAGCGGAGACACUAUCCCCGAGGAAUCUUAUCAUCAUGGAUACUCGAAAUCGCUGUGUGAACCGGCCGGCGAGGAAUGGGAAGCAAUGUUAAGCGAUGCGGAACGGGCCGAUCACGCCAGUACCAACAGUGAAAAGGUACUGCGCAGCAGCGGCCGAGAACCCCUGCUCUCACGCCUGACACCACGUGCCCAAAUUCGACGUGGCAUGGGAGCUCAUAGUUCGUCGGGUGCUGCCGGUUCGGGCAGCAGCAGUUCCGCAUUGGGUAGUAAUAAAAAGAGUCAGGUUACGACAGCUUUACUUUCCACCUCCACGUCCGACUAUGACGACGACAAUGAUGAAGAUUUCGAUUUGUAUGAUGAUGAAAAUAUCGUUGUGACCAUUGAUCCGGCGAAUCGUCGUGAUCAUCAGCACCACCGAGGUGGUGUUGGUGCCGGUAGUGGCAGUGAUGGUGAGGGCAGUUCGGCCACCACUUCCACCACCACAACCAUACGUCUGACGCGCAACAAUGACGAAAGUAUUAUUUGAGUAAAAAAGGAUCACGAAGCGGAACGGAAUGUAAUGAUGAUGAUGGCGGCCUUUGAUGAA